GUAGUGAAGCGGUAGCAGUGAGAGCAGUCAUGGCUCAGCAGAGAGGAGUCAACAGUCUGCAGUUCAACCAGGACCAGAGUUGUUUCUGCUGUGCGAUGGAGAGCGGAGUCAGAAUCUACAACGUGGAGCCGCUGAUGGAGAAAGGACAUCUGGAUCAUGAGCAGGUUGGUAGUGUAGCUCAGUGUUCGAUGCUGCAUCGUUCCAACCUGCUGGCCGUCGUUGGAGGAGGAGUCAACCCCAAGUUCUCUGAGAUCUCCGUUCUGAUCUGGGACGACGCUCGAGAGUCACGUGACCCCAAAGACAAACUGGUUCUGGAGUUCACCUUCACUAAACCAGUACUGGCUGUCCGCAUGAGACACGACAAGAUCAUCAUCGUGUUGAAAAACAGGAUCUACGUUUACAGCUUCCCAGAAAAUCCCGUCAAGCUGUUUGAGUUUGACACCAGAGAUAAUCCCAAAGGUUUGUGUGAUUUGUGUCCCAGUCUGGAGAAACAGCUGCUCGUGUUUCCAGGUCAUAAAUGUGGCAGCUGCAGCUCGUUGUAAGAUUUGUCGAACACUAAACCGGGAACGUCGUCGGCUCCGUUCACCAUCAACGCUCAUCAGAGUGAGAUCGCCUGCGUGGCUCUGAACCAGCCGGGGAGCGUCGCCGCUUCAGCUUCACGCAAAGGAACUCUGAUCCGUCUGUUCGAUACCAACCGAGACAAGCUGGUGGAGCUGAAGGGGACGGACCCCGCCACGCUAUACUGUAUUAACUUCAGCCAUGACUCCUCCUUCCUGUGCGCCUCCAGUGAUAAAGGAACAGUUCACAUCUUCGCUCUGAAAGACACCCAAACUCAACCGCCGCUCAGCGUUGCUCGUGUGGGGAAGGUGGGCCCAGUGAUUGGUCAGUACGUAGACAGUCAGUGGUCGUUGGCGAGCUUCACGGUGCCGGCUGAGUGCGCCUGUAUCUGCGCCUUCGGGAAGAACACGUCCAAGAACGUCAACUCUGUCAUCGCGAUCUGUGUUGACGGGACUUUCCAUAAAUACGUUUUCACUCCCGAUGGAAACUGUAACCGAGAAGCUUUCGACGUUUAUCUCGACAUUUGUGACGACGACGACUUCUGAGACAGAAACGAACAGGAAGUCACAUGACGAUGACGACGAAGAGGAUGAGGAUGAUGAUGAUGAUGACGAGGAGGAGGAUGAUGAUGAUGACGACGAUGAUGAAGAAGAAGAAUGAAAAUGACUGCAGUUAAUGUUGAUGGUCUUGUUUCCUUCCAUCCUCCCUUCCUUUCCUCCCUUCCUCCCUUCCAUAUUUCCUUCCUCUCUUCUUUUCCUUCCUUCCU